AUCAAAUCAAUAAAUUGAAGAAAACAAAAUGUUAGAAACAAAGAGUAUUGCAGCAUUGGCAUUUAAUUUCAAUGAUAAUGAGACGCCGCGCAAGCGCAAACGGGAAACAAGAACAACAAACCCAACAACAACAACAACAAAAGUGACAGUUGCAGAUCCACCCUUAGCAGAGGGUAAGUGCCGGGGACAGGAAACAGGAGCAGCUGCAAAUGCGUCUUGCUUCACUAACGCUGCCUUCAGUUCGACGCCAAAGAAAAUAAUUGGACGACGCCGUUUGGCCAAAGAGAAUAAUCAUGGCAAUUCCAAUUGUCAUCCGAAUACAAAUCCUUUUCCAUGUCUGGAAUUCAAAUCUAUUGCCGAUUUGGCUCAGGAGCAGCCCACACACUCGACCAAUCCGUUUGAAGUAGUACGUCAACCGUCUAAAAAGAAGAAACGUGAACAUGCCUGUUUUGAGAAUCCUGGCUUGAAUUUGGAGCUGCCCGAAAAGCAAUUUAAUCCCUAUGAGGUGGUGAGGUGUGCGGCUAUGCCUGCAAAGGGUUUCGUCAAUCCGGCUCUUAAUUUGCGUGGCAAUGACACUCCAGCUUCACUCAAUCCCUUUGAGAUUCAUCGACCCAGUGAAACCACAGCUCUGGCUGCCCAUAGACCGCCAACGGGUGUCGAGAAUCCAGCCCUGGCCGAUGAUGUAGUGCCAACAAAUUUAAAAAUCGGUCUACCAUUUGCCCCAACUCUGGGCUGUCGCAUCGAUUUCCAUGGCAUGGCUCUGUCUCAGUUGACGCCAAGCAAAUUGCUGGCUGAGAAAUUGGUUUUCUCGCCAGUGCAGCCAGCAGCAGCUGCUCCUGCACCGAAACGAUCUCUGGGCGCGAUUAGUGAGGAGAAUAGCACCAUGGAUAUAGGCAAGGAACUGGAUCGUUAUCAAUUGGAAUUGGAGAACAGCAUCAAUGAGGCCAAGUUGCGUAAAAAUGGCAUUUCAGUGGAGUCCAUAGAGUACAAGGAGCAGCAAAUAACGCUGCAGGAUGAGGUGAAUGGCGAGAGACGUAGCUUUAGAUGUGCCACAAGGCGUAGGACUCUGACGGAAAUAAAUGAAACCCCCGAAACAGAGGAAACUGAGGAAGUAUCGGCUCCCACUGUUGUACAAAUCGAUGAGCCACGCGAAGAUGAAGAGGAACUCAAAGCAUUGGAGCAACUGGAAUCCGGCGAUGUGGCCUAUGCUUCAGAGUCAGAUGAAGAUGAUGAAGAAGUGGCAGAGGAUCUAAAGGAUAAUUUGGAUUUCAAGGCCCCCAUGCGUUUUGUACGCUCUUAUAGACCAGCUGGAGUGAUAAGACCUGAGAAAUUGAAAGCCGAAAGUAAGGAUUCGCUCACAUCGAUUGCCUCAAGCAAAUCCUCAAAAUCCACAACAGAAGAGAAGGAAACGAAUCAACAGCAUCAACAACAUGGACAUGGUGUAAAAAACAUGAUACGUAAAUCCAUACGUCGUCUCAUUCACCCACUGUCCUCUAACCAAGAAACAGGAUCAUGUCCAGCACCGCCGCCAACGGCGCCAACUGCUGCCGCCAACAUAAUGAGCUCGAUACGUCAUAGUCUUCGGCGUAGGCCACAACAUCAAAAACUAAAUGCCAGCCCAGAAAAACAAUCUAUAGCCGAUAUCUCCAUAGUGGAUACCAGCGAAAGGACCAUGAAAUUGCGCUCCAUUAUACCACAAACGGAAUACAUGACUAUCGAGCAGUUGACCAAUGAAAAGAAGCAUACGUUGCGCAACAGCAUCCGGCGAUCCACUCGUGAUGUUCUACGUCAUGUGUUCCACAAGUCUCAUGAUGCCUAUGACACGGCCAAGUGAGGAGAGCAGCAGCAUCUCAUCGCAUCUUUUUAAUGUUUCUUAUCCAAACCAUUAAGCACCAUUAUCAUCAUGAACAUCACUAUAUUGCACCCAAAGAUUGUCAGAAUUAAGGAAAAUUUAUUAUUGUUAUGCAUAAACAUUUUCCCCGCCCCCACACAUUUGGGAGGAAAGGGCGGAGGAGCACAAGCUGAACCUGCUCCUCGUUCUACCAUUACUAAAAAUGGCGAAGUAUAUCUAAACGGAUCACAAGGACUAUUUACUUGUUACCUGUUUUUCUUUUUGCUUUUUGCACUUUCAUGUUUUUUCUUGCUCUUUUUUUUAAAUGUU